AUGCCGGGCCUCGUUCGCAAGCUGCUUAUCUUUGCCGCCGUCGAUGGCCUCAUCUUGCAGCCUGCCCCGCCGCGCAACCAUCCCCCGGCCACCCAGCAGGCCAUCAAGAUCGACUACAAGGGCACCAUCCAACCACUGCUUAGGGACCGCCGGGACGAGGAGACUACCCCGCAGGCCCUGGAAGCACAUGGAAUUGUUGGCCUGCUACAAGCUGCCAAAUCCACCUUCCUGAUCGCUAUUUCCCGUCGCGAGCUCGUCGCCCAGGUUCGCGGAAGAGCCAUCUACGUUAUCACCGAUGUCGCCCUCAUUCCUCUUGCCUCGCAAGCCGAGGCGAACAAUGCGAUCACACAGGCGCGCGAGAGCGUAAAGCGCUACAGGGGCUCGGAUGCCAGCGGCGACGAUUCUGAGUCCGAAUCGGACACGGACACAGACACAGACACCGAGUCGGAUCACUUCACGGUUGACGAGUCGCUACCGGAUAUGUCGCCGCAGGAAGCUGAGAAGGAUGCGACUACUGCGACGGCGAAGAACCGAAGGACAAGCGUUGCUGAGGACGUCAUCGGGCGGAAGGGCGUGUACGGGAGAUUUGCCCAGAAAUGGUUCUCCAAGAAGGGCUGGAGUGCGGAGGGUCGGCGCAUGCAGGGAAUGAGCAGCGACGAGGAUGUGUCCAAACAACCCAAGUCCAGGUCUCCGGCACCCGCACCCCAGGACGAUCCAGCAGCCGCAGCUGCGACUGCUGCGGCCCCCGUUUCGCCGCCUGCUUCCGGGUCUGAUGCUGCCAUGAAGCCUACCCAGGAUGUGUCCGAGAACCUGCCCCAGCCCGCGAACAAUAACACCGGAACGCUGUUGCCCAAGAUUCUCAGGACCACCAAGCUUUACUUUAGUAGCAGAAGCUUUUUCUUUUCUUACGACCUCGAUCUCUCGAGAAGUUGGGGGAAUCAGACGGAAGCACAUUCUUCGCUCCCACUGUUCAAGCUCUACGAUUCCUUGUUCUUCUGGAACAAGAACAUAAUUGAGCCGUUCAUAGAAGCCGGCCAGUACAGCUUUGUGCUGCCUGUGAUCCAGGGCUUUGUAGGACAGAGGGUGUUCUCUGUUGAUGUGGCUGCAGAGUCGUCCGGAUCCACCGUAGUGGGUGCAGCGUCGGAGCCAGAGGAAGUCGUUGCUGCUCAGGAGAGCGCCGCUGCGAAGCGAUCUACCUCUCCUCCGCCGCCGUCAAGAUCUAACACCAAGUCGGGCCUGUCUCACCCUCAAGUGACACCGCUCUCUGUUCACAGUUCCACUAAGAAGGACUACGUGAUAACACUGAUCUCCCGCAGAUCUGUCAUGCGCGCAGGCUUGCGAUAUCUCCGUCGCGGCGUCGACGAGGACGGUCAUGCGGCUAACAGUGUAGAGACGGAGCAGAUACUUGCGCCACAAUCGUGGGAUUCGACGGACGGCAAGAUAUAUUCGUUUGUGCAAUUCAGAGGCUCCAUACCUCUUUUCUUUUCGCAGUCUCCCUAUAGUCUGAAGCCGAUCCCCCAGCUCUGGGGCUCCCCGGAGACAAACGCGACGGCUUUCAAACUCCAUUUUUCUCAGCUUGCUGCCAGGUACGGUGGUAUCCAGGCUGCCUCGCUGGUAGACAAGCACGGAACGGAGCAGAAGAUAGGCGCGGCGUACGAGGAAUAUGCCAACGCCCUCAAUGAGGACGGUGGAAUCGAUGGUCGAGGCAUGCUGCUUGGCUUCGAGUGGUUUGACUUCCACAGUGUCUGCCGGGGAAUGAAGUUCGAAAACGUUGCUUUGCUCAUGAAUUCACUCGCAAAGAACAUGAAGAACUACGGAUGGACUGUCGAGGAUCGCGGACAAAUAGUCCAAAUGCAGAGUGGUAUUCUCCGCACCAAUUGCAUGGACUGCCUGGAUCGCACCAACGUCGUGCAAUCCGCCUGUGCGCGUGAGGCUCUCGAGAGGCAACUCGCGGACCAGAAUGUCAGCAUCGACCUCCAGCACGACCCUCGGACUUCUUGGUUCAACACUCUAUGGGCAGACAAUGGCGAUGCUAUCUCGAAGCAGUACGCCGGAACCGCAGCGCUCAAGGGUGACUUCACCCGGACGAGGAAGCGCAACAUUGCCGGAGCGCUGACCGACUUUGGCCUCACUCUUUCGCGCUACUACAACAACAUCGUCAACGACUACUUCGCCCAGGCCGUCAUCGAUUACCUCCUUGGCCGCGCCACCGAGGACAUCUUCGCCGAUUUCGAGGAUGACAUGAAAGCCCAGGACUACGCCAUUGACCUGCGUAAGGUUCGCCAACUGGCCAUCUCCCGCUGCGCCGAGCUGGUCAUCGAAGACCCGCAAGAGGACUUCCUCCACGGCUGGACCUUGUCAUGCCCUGCCAAAUCCAGCUCCCUCCGUGCUCUUCCGUUCGAGGAAUGCGUUCUUCUACUCACCGAGAGGGCCCUGUAUUUCUGCCGCUUUGACUGGGGCACGGAGAAGGUGCGCGAAUUCGAGCGCAUAGAGCUGGAGGAUGUGAAGGGCUUGGCCAAGGGCACGUACAUCACAAGUACACUAGCACCACGCCACAUGGACGAGGCCAAGAACGUAGGCUUCGUUGUGGAGUAUGUUCAUGUAGGUCCGAACCUGGUGCGGGUGAACACGAGAAGUCUGGCGACCGAAAAGAGCGAGUCUGAGGCGCAAGCUGAGGCGGAGGCAAAUCCUGAGUCGGAGGCAAAGCCCGAAGCCGAGGCAAAGCUGGAAGCGGUGAAGAAGGAUGCAGAUGAAGAGCUGAGAGAGCAGACCAAGGAACAGAGUGAAAGUGGCAAGGCACAAGCAUCAUCUGAAGCCGAAGACCAGCGCAGUAAUGAGGACGCGUCAGCUGCGAAAGAAACCAACCAGAUCCUGCCGCUUCCGCUGAAAAAGAAGACGACCACGAUGAAAACGGACCCGUCUCUUCCUCCUGGCGCUGAGAAGCGCUUUCUCGCAUUCAAAGCACUGCCGCCAAAAUCGAGCUUCGCUACCACAGGUGGCAGUAACGAAGCCGAUGCCGAACCACCCAGUGAGCGUGAGCUCGUAAGCAUGAUUUGCGAGGAGAUCAAGCGCGCAAAAAUGCAGCGAGCCAAGUUCCAUCAAGAAUCAGAAAUUGGCAGAGACAGGGAUGCAACGGCGAAGGGCAAAGAUGUUGACAGAGAGGACGACGCCUUGCAGAUCGAGGACAGGGAUAUCGUCUCGCUUGCAGACGCGAAGAAGAGUACUGGAUUGAUGGAGCAGAUCGGGUAUUCGUUGAAGAAGCUUGUGUGGGCUUGA